AUGGCCGUUGCUUUGCCUCGAGAUUGUAACUCACACAUGCAUGUUGUCUCCAUGCUAACGUCGGUUCCUUUGCCUCGUGAUAUGGUUGCAUCACUUGAUGCUGAUCCCGGAACAUCGUCUAGGGUGAUAUCCACUCCUCAGAUGCAUAGAGAUGUGGAGGAGAUGAUUUUAGAGAUUCCACCUCUCAUCCUCACUUCCUCUCCACCUCGUGAUUUGCGCAACAAGUUCUUUUUGGCCUCUAAUUCUACUCUUAAGCCACUGCAUGAGGACCCACUUCCUAAAAAUCAGGUUGAUGGCGACCUGCCUCGUGUUGACCAACCUCUUGAUGAUCAUCAAGCGGAUGACCAGCAUUGUGAUGGCAUAUGUCCCUCUGACCCUACACCUUGUGAUUCACCUGUCACUCAUCACAAAGCUAGGGACUUGAUCUCGGUCCCUAUAAUUCCGAAUGUUGAUCUUUCUCGAGAUAAAUUUCCCUCCUCCACUAUUUCUAUCACUCAGGAAAACGUUUCUCCUCAGCUUCCAAUCCCGGCUCCAGAAGAUUUUAAUACCAUCCCCAGUGAUGAUAAUUUACUAAAACCAAAUAUUUCUCCCACCUACUCUUCGCAAAUCAUUGCUUCUGCAAAAUAUGGGACCUUACCUGAUCACUUGAAAUUCCUUCCACCAGCUAUCCCAAUACCUGAGGGAUACACCUGGGUUGUUAUUCAUGGAGGAUGGACCCUAAUUCCUAAGGUCAACUCUGAUAAGUUUGUUACACCUGAUCAACCUCCCAUCACCCCCACUGUAUCUGAUCCUCUUGACGAGGAACUUGUGGAUUGGGAUGAUGAUGAGGAUGACCAAGAAUUUUUGGCAGAUGACUUCGCCGAUGUAAAUGAUAUUUCGGAGGAGUGUGAUGACUUCGCAGACCCGGCUAUCAUAGCAUCAGUAGUCCAGCAUUCUGAGGUCCGUCGUAGUGACAGGAACAAAAAGCCUUCUACUAGAUGGAAUGAAGAAGCAGGUUUUAUACAACAUCCGCCAAGAUCCUCUAAGAAAAAGAUUCCUGAAGAUCCCAGGGAAGGUACCAUUCCUCAAGUGCAUUCCUCUUUAAAUUCUUGGUCUGAUGCUCAAUUUCAAAAUUAUAGCAUUGCAUGUGGGGUGAAAUUCCUAGGCUCACCUCAACAUAAAUCCAAAUGUUUCACAAUCAUGAAAAAUUUAGAACUGGAAAGAUCUUCCUCUUCGGUUGGCCCUGAGGGGACCACCACUAAGGCACCCAACUCCUCAUUAUGAAAAUCAUUUCUUGGAAUGUUAGGGG